UUCUCCUGUCUGCUGCAAAGUGUAGAGUCAGCAAAAGGAAAAUAUGCCCAGAUGUUAUUUCGAGACUUAUUUGAAGAUUACUCUAACGCACUGAGGCCCGUAGAAGAUACUGACAGAGCCUUGAACGUUACCCUUCAGAUUACAUUGUCUCAGAUCAAAGAUGUGGAUGAAAGGAACCAGAUUUUAACAGCAUACAUAUGGAUUAGGCAGAGCUGGUAUGAUGCCUACCUGACAUGGGAGAGAGAUGAGUAUGAUGGCCUGGAUUCAAUUCGAAUUCCGAGCAACAUGGUAUGGAGACCAGACAUAGUCCUGUAUAACAAGGCAGAUGAUGAAUUUUCUGAGCCAGUGAAUACAAAUGUUGUCCUCCGAUAUGAUGGAAAAAUCACAUGGGAUUCUCCAGCUAUAACCAAAAGCUCCUGUGUAGUGGAUGUCUCUUAUUUCCCAUUUGACAAUCAACAAUGUAACCUGACCUUUGGUUCAUGGACCUACAAUGGUAAUCAGGUGGACCUUAUAAAUGCUAUGGCAACUGGGGACCUUUCGGACUUUGUGGAAAAUGUGGAAUGGGAGAUGCAGGGUAUGCCAGCAGUGAAGAACGUCAUCACUUAUGGCUGCUGUUCAGAGCCUUACCCUGAUAUCACCUUCACAGUGAUCCUUAAGAGGAGAUCUUCCUUCUAUAUUUUCAAUUUGUUAAUACCCUGUGUCAUGAUAUCUUUUCUGGCUCCACUAGGCUUCUAUCUUCCUGCAGAUUCAGGGGAAAAAGUUUCGUUGGGAGUGACAGUUUUGCUGGCCCUUACUGUCUUUCAAUUAAUGGUAGCAGAAAGCAUGCCUCCUUCUGAAAGUGUGCCAUUGAUAGGUAAAUAUUAUAUAGCUACCAUGACCAUGAUCACAGCGUCUACGGCUCUGACAAUCAUCAUAAUGAAUAUACAUCUUUGUGGAGCAGAAGCAAAGCCUAUCCCUCACUGGGCAAGGGUCAUCAUACUUGAUUACAUGUCUAAAAUAUUUUUUGUGUAUGAUGUUGGGGAGAACUGCACCACACCACAAGAUGAAUGUGACACCAUUUCUCAGGACAGUGUUCACUCCGUUAAUGAUUAUGAGAGAGAACAGGAUGUCUAUGACUCAUUAAAGCGCCCGCUUUCUAUCAGAACAGAUUUUGUAUGUGGCAUUGACAUCCCUACUAAGGUCAAUAACGGUCACUCCAAUGGAUUCUGCAACCACUGCAUACAUUACAAAGCUUUGGCAAGUAACCUUGAAUACAUUACUAACUGGUAUAAAGAACAGAAAUCAAUUAGUGCCAAGGGGAUUGAGUGGAAAAAGGUGGCAAAGGUGAUGGAUCGAUUCUUCAUGUGGGUCUUUUUUAUCAUGGUCUUCUUUAUGAGCAUUUUAAUCAUUGCAAAGGCAAUGUAA